CUAAGCCUUCUAAUGAAGCGGUAUGCACGCUACCUACCUAGGUACAGUGGCGCGAGCUCACCAGCUACCUAGGUAUCAACGUUCCAUAUCCUAGCAUUUAUAACGAUGAGGCAUCGUAUCUUACGGCAAAGAGCCCGUACAAAUCACAAUGUACCGCAGGCGAGGCACAUUCGGAUGCAAUCCACUAUAUCGCAGAAGCUCAGUAUCAUAGCAUCUCCCAAGGCGACUCAAAAGCAAGUUCUUAGCAAACUAGAGGAACAUGUUUUGCAAACGGCCAAGUAUCAUGAUUCCGGGAUGAAUGGUAUCGCUAUUCUGGCAUCUAAGGAAUUUACGAGCUGGACAGGUGAUAAUCAUUUCAUGUCCGCAUUUCUUCAAACAUUAUCGCCGUCUAGGAGUACUGUCACUACUGAAAGCCUACAUGUGUUGUCGGGUAUAAUGGAUGGCCUCGGCCCACAUCGGCUGUCUGGUGAACUUUUAUCGGGCUUUUCAAUACUCAAUGGACCAGUCCUAAAGAUCCUCCCCUCUCUCUAUCAUUCGGGCGUUGGCUCUGAUCCAGACCAGAGCUCGUGCGUCUCCUUUCUGACACAGCCUCUGAAAGCAAAUGCCGGGAAUCUUGAAGUCACUAUGCCGCUAGCAAAUACGAUAUUUCAAAAUGGCAGGCGUACAACCUUUUCGGCAACUCGUUGGGAUAUCAACAAAGAUGGGUCGAUGGUCAGCAUGGAGAGCGUUCCAAAAACAGCACAAGAUAUAAUAACAACAAACGGCCCAGCCAAGUCUACGUUGGCUACGAUCCCUCUCUUACCAUUGACACCACCAAGGAAGAUUGUUGCCGGGUUAGGGAACAUCGUCCGCCAGCUUGAGGUAGACGGUUCUACAACACCAGCAUCAAAAGAACUUGAGGCUAUCUUACCCAAGAUAUCUGAAGAAAGAUCCCAUGGUCAGUCUGGCUUGCCGAGUCCAUUGGGCGUAUGGUGUUGGGUCAUCCCCCCUCAUGUCACUGGCGCUAAGAGUUUCAUUGACCUGCAACUCUUUAAGGCCGGUUCCUCUCAGACAGAGGCAGACAUAGUAAUGAGUUCGAAUGGGCUCUUUUCAGAACUCUUGUCGUCUGGGUGCCGCCUGCACAAGAUCUUGAGCGGCGGUGGUGGCUGGGGACUGAAGCAGGGGCUGCUGUCUCUUGACCCAGAAACAAGUUUUCCUGUGCCUGGUCGAGAUGAUGACAUGGAAAUGUUUAUCAGAUCAUUCGAACAGCGAAACAGUGCCGAAGCAAACACCGGCCUGGCAUCGCCGGGAUGGUCUCUGCUCUUUUGCGUCGAACCCCAAGUGACGAGUGCAGAAGUUCUAUCUAGUCAAUGGCUUGCACCGGCAAAAGGCUGGCAUUUUGGGGUUGCAUCACAUCUUGACAACACGCCGAGCCCUAGUUCUCAGUCUGGGCCUGUUGAGAUUAUCGAUGAUCAUUUUGGCAUAAGCUCCGCGACAGGCCUUUAUCUGAAAGGACACCCAGGCGAAGAAGCUGUGGGUAAACUGGGAUUUACAACCAAAAUAGAUGUUCCAGGGUCCUGUUUUCGCUGUUGAAAGUUCUCAAUGUUAUUGUAUCAGCUCAGAAGAGGGGGAGGAUAGAAAACAGGGUAAUCACAUCAUAAUUGAGGAUUGUUAGUAUACUUUAUAUAUAUACAAUACAUAUACAAUAUAUAUAUCCCAUAGCUCAAUAAACGAUUCCAUGGAUGACAA